CCCCCCCCCCCCCCCUCUCGCUCAAUAUGACCAUCAACCCGACCUUCCUGGCGCAGCGCACGCGCUCCUCUGCCAACUGGGGUGAUGCGAAGUAUCGCGUCCUCAAGACGUACAGAGAAUGGCUUAGAGCGUCUCCCGAGAUCCAGACGAUGUACUCUCUGAACCUCCCGGUAUCCGCUAUCCGGACGAAGAUCCGCCAGGAGUUCGAGAAGCACCGCUACGUCAACCAGCUGAACGUUGUCGAUGUGCUGCUGUACCAGAGUCACGCUGAGUUUCAGGAAACCCUCAACUACUGGAAACAGCUGUCGCACGUGAUGAAGUACUUCCGGCCGGAGGAGAACCCCGGCGCGCGCCUCCCCCCCAACUUCAUCUCGGGCUUCCUGGAAGGCCGCAAUUAAUUGCGCUUGCACUUCUGAUUGUGAUUGUGAUUGUGGUUUCCAUCGUAUCUUCGUAUCUCUUUUUCCCGGUAUUCCUUAGCAUUGGAGGUUCUAUUAUGGCUACGGCUACGGCUGUGGCUGGUGGGGAGGGGGGUGCGACUC